AUGAGCAAGAUCAUCGUCUAUGAGCAUUUCAACUUUCAAGGCAGGAGCAAAGAGUUUACGUCUGAUGCCCCUGACUUAAUUGCAGAGGAUUUUAAUGACAACAUUUCCUCUAUAAAGGUGAUCGGAUAUCCAUGGCUGGCAUACACAGAUUGCUUUUACAAAGGUGAGCUGUACAUCUACGAGGAAGGAGAAUAUCCUGUCGUGGAAAAAAAUGAUUCUAUUUCAUCACUGCAGUUGGUCAGAGGUGACCUGACAAAUCCUCAGAUCACUCUGUAUGAAUAUCCAGGUUAUGGAGGCAGGAACGUUGUCCUCACCACUGAGACCACCAUGGAUCCCUUCAACUUCAAUGAUACAGCGUGUUCUCACAAGGUACAGAGAGGGUUAUGGAUCCUCUACGAGCACGAGAACAGAGGUGGCGCGAAGAUGAUCGCCAAAGCUGGUGAAAAUGUUGAAAGAUAUGACUGGUGGUACAAGAAAGUGACCCAUGUGCGUCCUCUCAAGGCAGGAAAAUAAGGAGAAUGGGCCAAACGGGAACUCAAUCAUCGCUGAAUACUUGUUAAAUUCAUGAUCCAGUCUCUGUAAAGUUAAAAUAAUCUGCAAAUGUUAAUGAAAAAGGAAUUUUAAUGAAUAUAUGUGUUUAUAUGUAUGAUUGUAAUAAGAAUGAAUGUUCCAGUCUGUGUAAACACCCUGAAUUUUUUAAUGUCUGAUCCUGUUUAAUCUGAUGCUGUUGUAAAAGUUUGAUGUAAACAAAGAUGUGAAUGAAACUUACUUAUCUUUCACACAUAACAUAAGGAUGGGAUUUUCAUGGAUUUAAUGUGAUAGAUUGAUAGCUAGCCAGCUGAGGUACCAGCUCACUCACUCUCCUGAUUCGUUCAUGCACUAUA